GCUCGGAGGAGAACAGGUUGUUUUUGUUGUUAGCAGAGGACGAGAUGAAGGUGGUGCGUUCACUGACAGGCUGUGUCUCGUAGGUGUCCAACAUGUCCGUGGACUGGGUGGGAUUUGGAUAUGCCACUCUUAUCGCAUCCGGAGGGGUCGUUGGUUACGUGAAAGCAGGCAGCGUUCCCUCACUGGCUGCUGGGCUUCUCUUUGGAGGGCUUGCUGGUUUUGGCGCCUACCAGAUUUCCAAUGACCCCAAGAAUGUGUGGGUGUCACUAGGAACAUCAGGAGCUCUUGCUGGACUCAUGGGAAAGAGGUUCUACGCAUCGAGGAAGUUCAUGCCAGCUGGUCUGAUGGCAGCAGCAAGUCUUCUGAUGAUGGGGAAACUUAGUGUGACACUGCUCCAGAAACCUGCAGAGUCCUCGUGAGGUGGACGUGCUGGAAAACUAAACAACUGAACACGUUUACGAAGGAUUUCUUGUUUUCGAGCUGCGUCAACAUUUCUCAUGCACUGCUGUCUUGUUCCAAAGAGAUCGCAGUUCGAUGAGAACACGUACUGUUUGUACCUCGACAGUCCUGUCAUUUUUAAAUAA